AUGGCCCAAGGGCAAGAACCUCUCCUGGCGCGGCCAACAUCACCGGGUUCUUCCAAUCAAGAUAUCGAGGAAGAAGAUGCUCUAUUGACUGGCCAACCUACGAAUCGACACAGUGGUUCCAACAAAAACCAGAAAUGGAAAGAACUCGGUCUUUUCUUAUGGGCCCUACUGGCGACCGUUGCUGUUGUCAUUCUUGCGGUGGUAUAUCAGCAUGAAUCCUCAAUAGCACACUCGAAACCAGCGCGCGGCGGCGGUUGGGGUCCUGAUGGAAAACCAACAGGGAAGCGAAACAUGAUCUUUAUGGUGUCAGAUGGAAUGGGGCCAACCUCACUAUCUCUGACCAGAAGUUGGAGACAAUAUACAAGCGGGUUGCCCAUUGAUGAUGUCUUGGUCCUGGACAAGCACUUUAUUGGUACCUCACGGACCAGGAGUUCGAGCAGUUUGAUCACCGAUUCAGCUGCAGGCGCCACCGCUUUCUCGUGUGCCUUCAAGAGUUAUAACGGUGCAAUCUCAGUACUGCCAGAUCAUACACCGUGUGGCACCGUUCUGGAAGCGGCCAAAAGAGCGGGAUACAUGACAGGGUUAGUGGUGACAACUAGAAUUACGGAUGCCACACCCGCAUGUUUCGCGGCGCAUGCGAACCGGAGAGAAUACGAGGACUUGAUCGCGGAACAAAUGGUCGGACAUUAUCCUUUGGGAAGAGUUGUGGAUCUGCUUAUUGGUGGAGGUAGAUGUCACUUUCUUCCAAACACAACAGAAGGAUCUUGUCGUGCAGAUUCAAAGGAUGUGGUUGCUCUUGCCAAAGACAAAUACGGCUUCAACUACGUUGAUAACAGAAAAGAUUUCGACAGCUUGACCGAUGAAGGUGAUGUCAAGCUACCGCUGCUUGCCUUAUUAGCACCAACAGACAUCCCCUACGAGAUCGAUCGAGUUCAUGUGGCGGAUAUCUACCCGAGUGAGGCGGAGAUGGCUCGCUUGGCGUUGAAGGCUCUCAAGGCUGCUACCAAAGACUCUGACAAGGGUUUCUUCAUCAUGAUUGAAGGUUCUCGUAUCGAUCACGCUGGCCAUGGAAAUGAUCCAGCUGCUCAAGUUCAUGAAGUCAUGGCUCACGAUGAAGCUUUCGCGUCCGUCUUGGACUUCCUUGAGGAGGAUGACACUCCUGGCGUUCUUGUUUCCACUUCAGAUCAUGAGACAGGUGGCCUUGCUACUGCUCGACAGCUACAUGAGACAUACCCUAUCUAUCGCUGGUUCCCAGCCGUUCUCGCCAAUGCUUCACACUCUGGAGAACACCUGGCAAUCCAAUGGCGUGCAUACCUCUCGGAUACAGCUGAAACAACCUCUCGAGAAGACAAAUCAGAAAAGGUUGCCGAACUUGUUCGUGCUGGCUUGGGUAUCCAUGAUUACACACAAGCAGAACUCGAUGCAGUUAUUGAUGCCAAGCCGAUCUGGCCACCAAGCUAUUUAUUCGCCGAAAUGAUCUCUCGCCGCGCUCAAAUUGGCUGGUCUACGCAUGGCCACAGCGCGGUAGAUGUGAACAUCUACGCUUCCAACCCUGAUCAUGCUCCCGGCCUCGUUGGAAAUCACGAAAACAUCGAGGUCGGCCAGUUUAUUGCAGACUACCUCGACCUGGAUCUAUCACCGAUUUCGAAAGAACUCCGAGAAAAGAAAGUCAAGACGAGUUCCGACGAUGGCGAGAUCGAAGACUGGGGAGAAUGGAUGGGUCCACCGGGCCUCUCAAACAAUGAAAACGGGCAGCUCAUCCAUCUGGACGACUACCAUGGUGACUUCAAGCACCGCAAACGGGAAGAGCAGAUGGACUGCAAUUGUGGAAUGAAACAUUAG